GUAUAAAAGGGGGUGUGUCAGCUACUUUCUGUAUCAGUUCUCCUGCAGCUACAUGUUCAUCACUACUGUCACCAUGCAGACCAUUUUGCUUCUUACCAUACUUGCUUUGGCAGCAUCGCCGAUUUAUGCUGAAGAAGAAGCCUUGACAGAAAAGAAAGUUGAGAAGAGAGGAGUUUUGGGACUAGGAUACGGAGGGUACGGUGGUUACUAUGGAUUGAACGGCUAUGGAGCUUACGGACAACAUGGAUACUUGAAUGCUCCUGCGUACCCAGUACUAGGUCAUGGAGUUGCUCCUUCAUACUCUCACAGUUACAGUGCACCAAUUUCCAUCAAUCGCGGGUAUACGGCACCCGUGGCACCAGUGGCACCAGUGUAUUCAGUAUCACGACUUGGUUAUCACGGACUUGGACAUGGAUUGAACUAUGUAAAUGGCUGGUAAAUUUGUUAGUCGUCAAAGAUUCUUGAAGCUGCUUUUGUGUACUACGAAUGAUGUUAAAUAAUCGAAAAUUCAAUAUUUGUAUUUCUGGCUUACAACCAUUUUUGCGAAUUUUAUUCUCUAUCUUGUAUUUGAAAAAAUUGUGAUUAAAUCAUUUUUCUAUGAAAUAUUUCAUACAUAAAAAAUUGUUCCUUUACCAUUUUGUCAAUAGUGUGGAUUUUAUUUCUCAACUUUUUAACAUUUUUGUCUUAAUUGAUUUAAAUAAUCAUUUAAAUGCACACACAAUCGAUCUUCUAUUAACUUUUUACAUUCUCAUCAGAGAAGGUAUUAGAUUUAUUUAAAAUUUGACCUCCCAAGUUUUUGUUAAAUGCCCACGUUUUGAGAACCCCUGAAUGC